CAAAAAGAAAAAAUUGGGACAAUUAAAGAUAAUAGCAAAAAUAUCAGAAAAAUAUUCCCCGCAAAGGGACGGUUUCGGUCCCAAAAGAGUCAAGCCCUCUUCACCGAGUCAGAAUUCAGAAUCUUUGGAUAUUUUUUGUGGGUGGCACCGCCAACAGGAGUCGUCAAAAUUUCAUCAUCUAAACCCUCAAUCCAAGCGAAAGACGCACAUAAUUUUUUCAUACAUUUUCUUCAAUUUGAGAAAGUGAUAGAGAGAUUGUUCCAGUCAUGGCUGACCAUAGUCACAACGAUGAUUUAGACGAACUCCUUGACAGUGCUCUUGACGAUUUCCAGGGUCUCAACCUCGCUCCUUCCUCUCAAAGGAGUGGAGGAGGAGAUGGUAAUAAAGAGAACAAGCAGCAAGAAUCAUCAGCUUCACUGCCAAUGGGGGUUCAGGGGUUGGGUAUGGGGUUACCUGACUUGAAAAAUAAGAAAAAGGGAAAGCAAAAGGUUUCAAAGGAGUCCCAUGUCGCAGAGGCGCUUGAUCAACUUAGGGAGCAGACUAGGGAAGCUGUCAAGGGCUUGGAGUCUGUCACAAGUCCAAAACCAGAUGAUUUUGGUAAGGAUGCAUUUCUGGAGGAUUGGGUUAAGCAAUUUGAGGAGCUUGCUGGCUCUCAGGACAUGGAAUCUAUCGUGGAGACGAUGAUGCAACAACUUUUGUCUAAGGAGAUUCUUCAGGAACCUAUGAAGGAAAUUGGAGCAAGAUAUCCAAAGUGGUUGGAAGAACACAAAACCAGUUUAACCAAAGAUGAAUACGAGCGUUAUUCUCACCAAUAUGAACUCAUCAACAAACUUAACAAAGUUUAUGAGAAUGAACCUAAUAAUUUCACAAAGAUUGUUGAUCUCAUGCAGAAAAUGCAAGAAUGUGGCCAACCUCCAAAUGAUAUUGUGCAAGAGCUUGCUCCUGAUAUUGACUUUGCUAAUCUUGGCCAAAUAUCUCCAGAGAUGCUCGAGUCCCAGCCAAAUUGCUGCAUAAUGUGAGGCAAGACGUGCCCUCAUUUCUUGCAACCAAUUUGCUUUUUCCCUUUGUCCUAUACCUAUAGGUAUUUAUUUGAAAUGUAUUUGUCAAAGAUAUAGUAUGGUGGUUUUAUUUUCCCACACCCUAAUAAUAGAAAGGAACUCAAUUUUAGUCCUUAUGUUUAUUUGAAACUUGUAUAUGAUUCAAGUUUAAGUAUUUUUGUUUCAAAUUUUAAGUAGUGCAUUCUAAAUUAUGGGAA